CCUUUCCCUUUUAUCAUGCGUUCCUUGGAGUCAUGCAUCGAUAGUUGGACCUGACGAUGCAUAUGAAGGAGGCUCUCUCGGUUUAAAAGCAAAAGGGUCGGGCGGUUUUUUUUUUUUGCCCAUCCACCAUUUUCACGUUCUCUCUUGGAGUUGGAUUCGUCGGUGCAAGAUUUGUGCUUGAGACGUGUGUGAUCCGUUGGUUGCUUUCGUUUUUCUUGGGUUCUGGUUCUUGGGGUUUGUUGACAUGGCGAUUCAAGCGCAGCUGUGCCAGGAAAAUCUGGGCUUUCCGUUGUUCGGGUCGCAGGAUAUCGUGGAGAGUCAGAAUGGGUGUGGCGGGUUCAGCCCGUUUGGUCUCGGCAUUCAACAGAGAGCGCAGCUGCAUCGACGGCAAUUGCAGGAGCAAGAGCAGCUCUACAUGCAGCAGCUUCACGGUGCUUGUUUCCAUAGCGUGCCCACGUCGGGGAACAGCCUGGAGAAGAGCUUGAUCGAGAGAAAAAUGGCGCAUCCUCAAGGCAUCGCGGAUCUAAUCGAUCGGCAGAGUCAAGAAAUCCAGCAGUUUCUCCGAUCACAGAACGAGAGGCUGACAUUGGUGUUGCAAGAACAGCGGAGGCUCCAGAUGCUGGCGCUCGUCAAGAGGCUCGAAUCAAGGGCGCAGGCCCUGCUGUUUCAGAAGGAUCAAGAAAUGGCGCGAGCGUCGCAGAAGACGGCGGAGCUCGAAGAGCUCCUGAAGAAGCUGGAGUUCGAGUCCCAGGCGUGGCAGAGGAUAGCGCAAGAAAACGAGGCCAUGGUCGCGUCCCUCAAGAUGGCCCUGGAGCAACAGCUCAGGGAAAGGGCUUCUUGUGGUUCCAACGACGGCGACGGAGCAGAGGACGCAGAGUCCUAUUGCUGCGGCGCGAAUAGGGACGGGGCCGGAACAGAGGAGGAGGUGCAGGAACAAGAGAACAGGGCGACGACAACUAGUGGGGUCGGAGGAGGAUGGAGAAAGGCGACGACGACGGCUUGUAAGGCGUGCAAUUCUCGAGCGUCGUGCGUGUUGUUCCUGCCUUGCAGGCACCUGUGCUCAUGCAACGCCUGCGAGGGCUUCCUCGAUCGCUGCCCUCUUUGCGCAACGGCUAAGGAGGGCACUGUGGAGGCCCUGUUCUGAUUUUCUCGCCCUUCUCUCGGAAAGGUAAAAACUGGAAGUGACGACGACGACGACGGGUCGGUGAGAGGGUUCAGUGGUGGUAGUGCAGUGCGUGGAUUUUCCUUUUUCACUUCUUUUUUGUUUUUUUUUUGUGAGGAGGGAGGCAAAUUUUCGAUGUCGCUGCUUUCUAGGAGUGAAAAUGUGUAAUUAAAAGAAAAGAAAGGGGACAAAAUCAAUGAACAGAAUUCUAGG